GCAUUGUGGUACGAAGGUAGUGUCCUAGCAUAGAUCGAGAUUCCAAUCGCGCUCCAGGCGAUUGGAAAUGCAGCAGAUCGUGAGGAAGAAAGGGCGGGGCGGAGGGAGCGGCAAGGCGAUUGCUCCCCAUCCGGAUGAGCUGAUUGGGGUUUCUCCCCCUCCCGUCGAAUCGCAGAAGCCAGGGUCAGGGAGGAAGACGAUCGAUCUGCUAAAGCUCCGCGCCGGGAAGGCGGCGUCAUCGCAGGAGAAAGUGGUGCCCGGGAAGAAGACAAUCGAUUUGCUCAAGCUCCGGGCGGGAAAGGGUCCGCAGGAAAGGUCAAUCUCUCCAGCUCCAGUGCACUGCCAGACAUCCUCGGGGAAGAAGCCAGCGCCAGUAGGGAAGUGUGUGAAGCCAGAGAGUGUGGGAAGCACAACGAAAGAGGAGACUGGUAGCACUGUGAGCAGCAGCGUUGAGCCUAAGCAGUGUUCUCCAGAGACUGGACUACAAGGAGAAGUAGUGAAGGAAGAAUCUCACAAGCAGGAAGGUGGAGGUGGUCUCUUCUCAGUCGAGCUACACACAAGGCUUUCGUUGCUGGAAGAUCGAGUCACGCAGUUGGCGAGCGAGCUCAGAGAUACAAAGCAGCUCCUUCACGCGAGUCAUCCUAUGAGCAACCAGGUUCUCACAGAUAUCCAGAGCAAGAUUUCCAACAUUGAGAAGGUAAUUGUGUCCCGUGGAAUCGAGGGGGGGAGGAGGGAGCUCACGACGAGUUGUGGGCUUUCCCAGGAAUCUACGAUAGUUACUUUGGAGGAGAAGUCAGACUCGGAGGGCAGGAAAUCCAACACGGUGUCCGUGCACGAGAGUUUGCUGACGGUUGCCGACGAGUUUCUGGCUUCCUUGAAGUGCUCUCAAGCUGCAAAGGUCCCUUCCACGUCCAUAGAAGUGAAAGCACUGCCCUUGCUCCGUUGUGGGAACGACAGUAGUGUGGAAAAGAGCUGCGUGGCUUCUACUAUACGCACUGGGACUUCGGAGAAGAGGCGACGGCAUUCACUAAGUGACAAUCGCUCCUCCGGCAGCUACAAAAGCGCAAACACGUCUGCCUCGGACGUGGCUUUUGAGGCUCUGGUGGGUCUUGAAUGUGAUGAAGUCCUGUCGGAAGAUGUUACCGAGGACCAGGAGAAUGCGGUACCCGCGGUGAAUGUUUCUGCUUUGGAACUGCCAGUAGACGACACGGAGCCGGAACUUUGUCAGCUCGGAAGUAAAUCUGUGCUGGCGGGAUGGUUUGUCUACGAAGCAGAGGGAAUGCUUUUGGCACACGAUGAUGGUAGCUGCUCGUUCUACGAUGUUGCUAAUAUGGAGGAGAAAUCUCAGUACAAACUACCUGAAGAACUAGUCCCUUCGACUUGGCGAGAUUGCUGGCUUAUCAGAGCCGCAGGAAUGGAUGGUCGCUCGUGUAAAUACGUAGUGGCAGCUUCUGCUGGCACUGCAGUUGAUCCGGCAUUUUGUUCGUGGAACUUCUACGAAAAAACUGUAGCUGCGUAUCGUUCCGAGACCCCAUCUUGGCCGACGACACCCCAUAGCAACAGAAGCUCGAGUCCAGAAUCUAGACGCUCUUCAAAGGAUACUUCGUCCCUGGGAUCAGGCUCCACUCAAGGCCACAGGUUUUCCGAAUCCAAGGGAGAGCUGGACUUCCCUUUAUGGUGGUACACACCUUGUGGUCCUCUUAUAGCUUGUGGAGGCAGUGGGCUGAAGACACUUACGCUCUACGACAUUCGAGAUGGUGAUCGUGUCAUGAAUUGGGAUUCAAAGAGAUGCCUGUCAUCAACUAUGAGCUACAGUUCGCCGCUACAGUGGAGGAGCAGGGGUACUCUAAUCGCCGUGGAAGAUAAAGUCGUCACUGCAUGGGACGUGUCCAAUGCAGAAGCUCAGUGCGUCCACACCAUCGACUUAGCCGGCAAUGCUCCUCGAGCUGUUCAUAUAUACAACAUCGAUGGCGAGUGCAAUGGCGGCGUCAGACAAAGGAUUAACUCUAAGAACAUUGAUGGAAUCGUCGGAGUCGUUGCGACUCAAGAAGCUGUGAGCAUCCUCGACUUUCGGGUCCCUUCAGGAAUUGCUGUGAAGAUUCCAACGCUUGGUCAGGACGUUCACUCCCUGUACGCUCACGGCGAAGCAGUCUACGCGGCAGGCACGAUCAAGUCGAAGUGUACCAUCCAGCAAUGGUCUAUACGCAAAGGCCAGCCAAUGAUGCUCUACACGCUUCCAAAGUCGGUUUCUUCUCAUCAUCUACACACGCAAAUAUCUCAAGUUUGGGGAGACAAAAGCUCGGUCAUGGCUGUCAACGGGAACGGCUUGUUCGUGUUCGAUGCAUCGACUGGCGGAGCUUGCGGACCGGCAGUCAUUGGCAGCGAUGAUUUGUACUGUCCAACUUUCGACUACUCGGGUUCCAAGGUGUUGCUCAUCUCCAGGGACCGGCCUGCGUGCUGGCAAUAUUGGCCGACAACACCCCUGUGGAAUCUCUCAUGGUAACUCGAUAACGUUUCCAUCUUGCCUUGACUCCGUUUUUUACUUUCGAGUGCUCACAGAUUUCUUCUACUCGUAUGCUUAUUCACAAGUAAGUUUCUCUUGAUUCAAGCUCUGUGUAGCCAUGCUAAUAAGUUUUGCUUGUAUGCUACAGGAAUCCUCCCCACGACCGCAAGAAAGGAAAAGCUGAUAGAACAAAUCUCCAGAACAAGGAAAUGUCCUUCCUCCUUUGGAGCCUUCGCAUCCGUGCCUUUGCUACUCUUCUGGUACGUCGAAACUGCAGCUUUCUAUCAUUUUCCAGCUCAAUCCAUCCAUCCAUACUUCCCUGUUCUUCCUUGCUGUCGUUCGAGAUGUCCCAGGAGCUAACACCACCAAUCUCAUCGUCGCUCGUAUUGCCAUCUCUAGUUCUUCGAUCGCUGGUGUACGUGCUAUCCAUCCCUCUAUAUUUUUGAUCCAUUUCUCCAUCUAGAUCCACCUCUUUACCACCUCUUUUAUAUGUUCUAUAGCUCUGAGAUCGCUCUCCAUCUCUAUAUCUUCGAUCCAUCCCUCCAUUUCCAUAUCUUGGAUCCAUUUCUUCGUCUCGAUCCAUCUCUUUCUCUCUAGUCCUCGAUCUUUGAUAGCGGCGACGCGCAGGACCUGCAAACCUCGAUCGAUAUCUUGCUCGAAAUCUGGAUCGAGAUCUUGAGAACGAGCUCGUCACGUCCACAGCAAAUCUGAAAGCCCGCUGGACCAGUGGAGGUAGAGCAAGAACCAUUGUGAGAGCCAUGGGGUGAUUGAUCAGCCAUGGAACUGCUAUGAACGCCACUGGUAGUCCAAUUCCAAACAGACCAAGCACCUAAGAUCAAAACCAUAGCAUCAAAAUCUCAAAAAAAGGAAAAUCUUUGUUCUUAACUUACUGCUCUAAAAUCCAUUUGGUCUUCAUCCUC